AUGUCGAGGAUUUUUUUGAAGGAUAAGGAUAUUGAAGGAUUUUUAGAAGAAAUGUUUGAUAUUCCUGAUGAUAGUAAUUCGGAAGACGACUUAGAAUCGGAAGGAGAACCAGAGUUGAAUUUGGAAACUUUGCAAAAUCUUUUAAAAGAUGAUUCCCAAAGCCAAGAAAAUCAAAACAUGCCUGAUACGAGUUCGAAUGGUUCUAUUGAGACUUUUCAUAAUUCACAGAGAGAUGAAUCUGAAGCUGAGAUUAGUAUACUUGAAGAGUUAGAAGAAGAUUCAGAUGAAUCUGAACCAGACGAAGAUGGAAAUUGGUGUAAAAGUUUAUGA